GAAUUCCUAUCGGCCUUCGCCUGGAGAUGUUACGAGAUGUGCCGAGUCUUCGGCGUCACGAAGGGGGCGUUCCCGCAAGGCGAGGGGCGAGGCUCGCUUCGUUGAUGGGAGGAGCCGGAAGUGAUGACGUCCGGAGCCUCGCUGCCCGGCUGUACCACGUGACCGAUUCGGGACGCGCUUCACAUGUCCCCGCCGAGGUUUGACAGCAAUAUAAACCCCUCAAGCAGCUGCCGUUCAAAAUGGGUGCCCUUCCUUCCUUCCUUCCUUCCUUUCUCUUUUAAUAGAGUCAGAUUUGAUAGUUUGUACAAGCGCCUAGCCUGUGGAGCGCUUUGAUAAUUCAUAGCGUUCGGAGGCAGCUUGGACAGUCGACAUCGUGGGAAAUCGGGGAAAUCGGCUCGCGGUAGACUUGCUCGAUUUGCAACCUGCAUGCGGAUGGGGAGCACGUGACUUCCGAACUCAGGCAGGACCGCGCCAGAGAAAUAACUGUCACGUGAGGGCUUCUGUGUGAGCGCAGUUGAGCUCAGGCAAGGUGGGAGCCUCCGGGAUUUGCUUCUGCCAAAAUGAUGCCGAUGAUAUUGACGGUGUACCUCAGCGACGGGGAGCAGGCCAUGACGGAGGUGCCCAUCACCCCCGAGACCACGUGCCGCGAUGUGGUGGAGUUCUGCAAAGAGCCCGGCGAGAGCGGCUGCCACCUGGCUGAGGUCUGGAGAAGCAACGAGCGAGCCAUCCCGUUCGAGCACAUGAUGUACGAACAUCUCCAGAAAUGGGGCCCCCGCAAGCAGGAGGUCAAGUUCUUCCUGCGGCACGAAGAUUCCCCGACUGAGAGCAGCGAUCAGGGGAGUCAGCAGUCUCAGGAUCAGACGAGUCGGAGGAGCGGCAACGCUGGAGAGAAGCACAAUGAGAACGGGGUGGGGAAUCCGCGUGUGGAGCUGACGCUUUCCGAGCUCCAAGAGAUGGCGGCGAGGCAGCAGCAGCAGAUCGAGGCUCAGCAGCAGAUGCUCGUCGCCAAGGAGCAGCGUCUGCGCUACCUCAAGCAGCAGGAGCGGCGUCAGCAGCAGACGGCCACCGAGAGCGAGAAGCUGCAGCGGCUGAAGGAGCGCGUCGAGAGCCAGGAGGCCAAGCUCAAGAAGAUCCGGGCCAUGCGGGGCCAGGUGGACUACAGCAAGGUCAUCAACGGCAACCUGUCGGCAGAGAUCGAGCAGGUGAGCGGCCUGUUCCAGGAGAAGCAGGCCGAGCUGCAGGCGGCCGUGCUGCGGGUGGAGCAGCUCAGCCUGCAGCUGGAGGACCUGCGCCGGGGCAAGCUCAACGGCAUCCAGACCGCCCUGGGCGGCCAAGUGGCCGGCACUGCCGCUCUGGAGCUCCGGAAGCUCUACCAGGAGCUGCAGAUCCGCAACAAGCUGAACCAGGAGCAGAACAGCAAGCUGCAGCAGCAGAAGGAGCUCCUGAACAAGCGCAACAUGGAGGUGACGCUGAUGGACAAGCGCAUCAGCGAGCUGCGGGAGCGCCUCUACAAGAAAAAAGCUGAGGCACGUCAAAAAGAGAACCUCCCUCUCAACAGGGGCAACGGGCCGCCUUCCCCGCAGCCGGCCGCCGGCACGCUGGGCCGCGUGGCCGCCGUGGGUCCCUACAUCCAAGUUCCCGCGCCGACCCGACAGGACCCGAGUUACGCCUUGCCGCCCGAACCGCUCAAGCCGCAAACGCUGGGUGUCAACAACCAAGCCAACCAAGGCCGCGCCAAGUCAGACGGCGGCGUGCCAAAGUCCCCCGGCGGCCCCUGGAAGGUGUCUGAUUUAGACAUCGUCGUGGACCCGCUGCCCCCGCCCCUCCCGGAGUCUCGCCCGGGCCCGGGAGCCUCCGCCGGCUCCGACGGCACAUCCCCCAGCGACGCCGGUUGGCCCCCUGUGGGUAAGACGGGCGCGUCCCUCAAGCCUCCUGAGAGAAGAGACUCGGAUUCGCAGGCUAAGACCCCCCCUUCCGGCCCCCCUGCUGCUUCAAGUACAGAAAAGGUGCCUGACUCCAAAAUGGCCGUGUCGUCCCCUUCCAUUUCCAAACCGCAACCGCCGCCGUACGGCUCGCACCUCUCUUCGGCCAACUCGGCCAGCUCCUUGGAGCGCCGCAAGGACGCGCCGCCCCCGCCUCGGCAGCUACCGAACCCCCCUGCGCCCGCUUGGCCCCGCGCGCCACCCGCCACCGGCUCUUCCUCGCAGCAGAUCCAGCAGCGGAUCUCGGUGCCGCCGAGUCCCACCUUCCAGCACCACGCGCCGCUCUUCCCGCCCGGUGCGUGCGAGCGGGCGGACCCCCCGCCGGCCGCGGCGGUGCGCCCCUUCAUCCCGGACAGGGGGUCGCGGCCCCAGUCGCCCCGGAAGGGCCCGGCCACCAUGAACUCCAGCUCCAUCUAUCAUAUGUACCUCCAGCAGGCGGCGCCAAAGAGUCAGCCACUCAAACCUGCUCUCAAAGCAGUCUAUGGGAAGCCUGUCCUCCCUCCCAACUCAACACCCCCCUCGCCUCUGCCUUUCGUCCCGGCCGGAGGGGCCUUCCCGUUGCUCCAGGGUCCUGCCGGCAGCGGCGAGGAUACGCCGGACGGCGACGCGGAGGAUCACGAGGGGCUACGCCACGCGGAGCCGUCUGCUCCUCCCCCCAGCGUGGAGAACAUCCCCCGACCGCUCAGCCCCACCAAGCUCACACCCAUGGUACACUCCCCAAUGCGCUACCAAAGCGACGCCGACCUCGAGGUGCUCCGCAAAAAGCUGGCCAACGCUCCGAGGCCCCUGAAGAAGCGCAGCUCCAUCACGGAACCAGAGGGCCCCAGCGGACCUAACAUCCAGAAACUUCUCUACCAGAGAUUCAACACUCUGGCAGGGGGCAUCGAAGGAAGCGUCGGAUCGGGGGGCGGCAACGGGGCAGGCGACGGAACGCCCUUUUAUCAGCCGGCAAAUCCUCCAGCCUUUCUGGGCUGCGACCGGGCCGCAGACACGGACAACGGCAACCUUCCUUCUGACGCCCCACCGCCGCCGCCGCCGCCCGAGGCGGAGGAGCUGGGCUCGGAGGCUUCAUCUAUCGACCCCAACGACAACCAGCCGCUGCCUCCGCCCCCUGAAGGACUUUUGGACCCUGCUGAAGAAGAAGGACCAGAAGAAGAGGACGACGACGACGACGCCAACAACAAUUUGGAAAGUGCCGAGGCUUUGCUGCCCAGCCCUGUGCUAGAGGUUACGUCUCCGGAGGAGAGCGGUAUCGUGCUGACCCAACCAUCGCGCACAAACCUGAAGAAACCAGAGUCUGAGCGCACCGGCCACGGCUUCCGGGUGAAGUUCAACCCUCUGGCUCUCCUGCUGGACGCCUCAUUGGAGGGGGAGUUUGACCUGGUCCAGAGGAUCAUCUAUGAGGUGGAGAAUCCCAGCACGGCCAACGACGAGGGCAUCACCCCGCUGCAUAACGCCGUAUGCGCCGGACACCACCACAUUGUCAAGUUCCUGCUGGAUUUCGGCGUCAACGUCAAUGCGGCCGACAGCGACGGAUGGACUCCGCUCCACUGCGCCGCCUCAUGCAACAGCGUCCACCUGUGCAAGUUGUUGGUGGAGUCGGGGGCCGCCAUCUUCGCCAGCACCAUCAGCGACGUGGAGACGGCUGCAGAUAAGUGCGAGGAGAUGGAGGAGGGCUACAUCCAGUGCUCCCAGUUCCUAUACGGCGUUCAGGAAAAGAUGGGCAUCAUGAACAAGGGCACGGUCUACGCCCUGUGGAACUACGAGGCUCAGAACCAGGACGAGCUGUCCUUCGGGGAGGGGGACGCCGUCACCGUCCUGCGGCGGCAGGAUGACAGCGAGACGGAGUGGUGGUGGGCGCAGCUGGAGGACACCGAGGGCUACGUGCCUCGCAACCUGCUUGGGCUGUACCCUCGGAUCAAACCUCGCCAGCGCACCUUGGCGUGACGUCCCAAUCUUGAAACAAAGAGCAGAGAACAAAUGCUGAGCCUCGUUGAUCUCCUAGUGGCCAUUUUCUUCCCUGGCGUUGUUGCCAUUUAUUUCAAUGCACGCACACAGACACGGUGAUAGACAAGCACUCCAAAUGCAGCAAAUCCCGGCGGUCACUUGGAAGCCGUCACUCUACGUUACCCCGUCGGCUACGCAGUGCAGCUCUUGAAGGUAACCCUUGUCGCAGUAUUUCUUCUUUCUUCCUCAGCCAUCUUUUCUCUCCUUGUGUGGUGACUACGAGUCUACGGAGCAGCAUGGCCAUGUUGCUGAUAUGACAUUUAAUUGCAUCUUAAAAUUAUUUUUUUUCUUUUAUAAAUCCCACUUGAGAAGAACGAACCCAAAUGUAUGCUUUGUUUGUGUUUCCAACCACCCAAAAUUGCAAUGGAUAGUUUCUGUGUUUUAAAACUGUGUGGGUGUGCUGUAAAAAAAACAAGACUAAUUAUGUUACCCAACACUUUGGAAUAAAGGAGCAAAUGUUACACUUUGUACAAAAUGUUAAGGAUAUUGGGCAUUUGGGGUGAAAUUUCAGGAUAUUCUUUGUGGUUAAGUCAUCUUCCCAAACGCUUUCUCAAAGGUCUGACAGCCAUGAAUGUUGCAGUCAUUAAAACCAUAAGAUGACUAGGCAGUUUAAUAGGCGCUAAUUAAUCUGCAUGCACUUAACUUUGUGGCUGACCAGUUUCUUCUCCUCUGAAGCGCUUUGUUUAAAAACACAAAAUCCAGACGUACAAUCUUGAGGCGACGUAAUGCCGCAGAGUGAGCGAAGAGGCAAGUGGAGCGCAACUAGAUUUGUUCUCAAGCUGUUUUCAGCACUUUAAAUUGGUUAAUAAUCUGUCAAAGUAACAGCCAAGGUGGGGGGAGAUGACCAUAUUUGGACAAAUGAGGUUCCUGCCCUAAAACUGAGACAAUUGCUCCUGCAUUUGACUAUUACAUCCUGUAUAUUGUUAGCAACAAAUUGAAUACAAAGAAAAUUUUUGCAAGCAAAUAUUGCAGUAUCCAACUAGUAUAUUUUGAAAUUUUUAAGAGAUUUGGUAACAGAAAAAUGUUUGUAAUAUCUGUUAAAAGUGAAGGCAAAUCCAAUUUUGGUAAAGAGUUCCUGCCAAAAUGGAAAGAAACUUAAAAGUAGACGCAAUUUGUUUCCUUUAGUAGGCGCUGUAAAAUGAUGAACGCUGCUACACAGAAAGUUCACAGAAAGGCAUAGAAGCGGAGGUCAACUUGUGCAAAAUGUACUGUUGGAAAGUUUAGAGAAGGUCAAAUUCAUUUCACCUUUUAAGCGAUUCCUAAAAUUUGAUCCCAAAGCCCAAUCGAUAUCCCGAACCUUUUGUGACUUGAUCGGACCGACUGUCCCAUGUCACACUUCGUAAUCCCGCUCGAAAUGAGGGCUGGGCAACCUUUUGGCGCACGGGCCAUAUGGCGGGCGCCCUUUCGAGCGUUUAGUCCUCAUGGAACACGGUUGAGUUGAUUUGGAAAUCAAAUUUGGCAUGACUGAUCUUCAUUGCAGCAUUUUCUAUUCAUUUAAAGGAAUCCAGACACCUCGUUUCGAGACGCUUUUGUCGACCUCACUUGCGAGUCGUGUUCUCACAGUGGCCGUGACGAGCUUUUCAAUCUCAGGACCAACACGGUGCUGCCGAUGACUCCGUCGUGUUCCGAUUUUUAUGCGCAGCAAAAGUCAAAAGAGCGACAAAGCAAAACAUGUCCAGAAAUAGUAAGAAGCCGAUAUCGUGGCUUUUUAAUGAGAGACUCUCCUCCGUUCACGUAUGACCUUCCCGUGCGUGUACGUUUUCGUACAUGUGUUUUAUCUGAAACUCCGCAGUGUGUUUUCAUCCUCCAGCGUGCGAGUGGCCCAGGGCUUCGUCGUCUUGGAUUCAAAAGCUGUACAUAGCGCGAUUGUUUGUUUGCUGUACGGACGACGGGGGCUUUCUCGCAUUAAUGCUGUACUCCACACAAAUACAAAAUCUGUACAUGUGAACAAUAAAAGUGAAGCUCUGGCAUGA